GGUUGUCCUCUGCGUGCAGUGCGCGUGAGUUCUGGCAGGGGACAGACAUGGCGUCCAGGGGCCUGAGGAUGUUGGGGUAUAACCUGAGCACGUUGCUGCGGACACACAGGGCACCGCUCCGGACGUGUCCACAGCUCAUGUGCACGGCGGCUCAGCAGCCGCAUAACCCCGUACAGGAGAGCGAGGAGGAGAAGGGCAAAAAGCAGGUGGAAGAGAGCGCGGAGCAGCUGGCUGCAGGGAAGGCAAAGUUAGAAGAGCAAGUUAAAGAGGUGACGGAUAAAUACAAGCGUGCCUUAGCGGACACUGAGAACAUGCGGCAGAGGAGUCAGAAAAUGGUGGAAGAUGCAAAAUUGUACGGAAUACAAGGAUUCUGCAAGGACUUGCUGGAAGUGGCGGACAUCUUAGAAAAAGCAACUGAGAGCGUCCCCAAGGAGGAAAUCAAGGAUGAAAACCCUCAUCUAAAGAACCUCUACGAAGGGUUAGUGAUGACUGAAGUCCAGAUGCAAAAAGUCUUCAAGAAGCACGGAAUCGUCAAGCUCAAUCCAGUGGGCGCAAAGUUCGAUCCAUACGAGCACGAAGCCUUAUUCCACGCCCCAGUGGAGGGCAAGGAGCCUGGCACAGUAGCCUUAGUCACUAAAGUAGGGUACAAGCUGCAUGAACGCACGCUGAGGCCUGCCCUGGUAGGAGUUGUUAAAGGGACAUAAGUCAGUUUUAAUAUCUAUGUUGUAUAGCAAGUAUUUUAUUAUUUCAUUCCAGAAAUCCUACUGUAUAAUUGGAAUAUUAACACCCCUUUAAAUUAGGCGGAAAGUGGUCAAGAUUAUCAUAUACAUAUACCCAUCCAUACCAGGCAGGUCAUAGAACUAGACUAUGUCAGCUCCUUCUUUUACUGAGACUUUCAUUCCACUUUAGUGCUCGUAUUUCCGGACAGAGGAGGCUAUUGAUGGACUGUAGUUAUUAUAAUGGCUGGUCUGUGCGCUGCGGAGUCCCUCGCCGGGAGCGCCACUCGUUUCUGGGAUAUAUUACCCUGAAUAAAUAUUUUUCACAAUU